AUCAGUUUAAGUUGGUCAGCGCGAGAUGAAGUACGUAACGUUUGGUUUGCUGUUGUUGUUGGCUGCAUUUGCAAGCUGUCAAGCCGUGCGACGACUGGAUAAACCCAAACGGGUUGAACCUGCCUCUUCGUGCGGAGUUCGUAAGAUCAGGACUCAGCUCUUGAUCGUGGGUGGAAGGACGGCUGCGGUCGGAGCCUGGCCGUGGCAUGUGGCAGUGUAUUACACGAAGAAUAAUGGUUUGAAACGGGACUUCCGCUGCGGAGGUACGCUGAUCAGCCCGGAAUACGUCCUGACGACAGCUUCCUGUGCGCGGUACGCUACCGGGAAGCCGGCUGGAUCGGUCCGGGUAGUGCUGGGACUGCACAGCUUGACGGAGAUGUCCAGUAACGCGCGGGAGAUCUUCGUCAAGGAGGCGUUCAUCCACGAGGAGUACGUCCACGGAGAAAACAUGUACGAUGUGGCGGUGCUACAGCUGAAUACCGCGGUCAACUACACCAACUACAUCCAACCGGCUUGUCUUCCCGGAGCCGAUGACAAAAUCGAGCGGUUUGACAACAUGCUCGGAACGAUCAUUGGCUGGGGGAACGACGAGACUGGGAAGCUAGCGGAUGAUCUGCAAAGCGCAAGAGUUCCGGUUAUUUCCUUCAUGGAUUGUCUGAAAAGCGACCGGGACUUUUUCUCGGCAAAUAUUUACUCCGGGAUGUACUGCGCUGGAUUAACAAAUGGAACCGCUCCCUGUUUCGGAGACGCCGGCGGUGGAAUGUUCUUCGCAGAUCGUGGCGUGUGGACGCUGCGUGGGAUCGUUUCCUUUACGGACCGCUCGGGAACGGCCAUCGGCAGCUGCAACACCCGGCAGUACUUUGGUCUGGUCAACGUGGCCCACUUUAUGCCCUGGAUCCAAGGGGUGACCGGCCAGGCAACGGCCGCAACCGCCCGGGAAGAUAGAUCGCAGCAGUUCUAGCCCGCGUCCGGAUAAGAUCUGGAGCUGUCCGAAAAAAACCGUCCGGUUUCGGUUCGUUUACCAGCAACUAAAAACAACAAUAUUUUGAUUAUAUCCACUUUUGGAAGGCAAAAGCAAGAGAUUUAAAGCGAAUUAUUGUUAUUUAUA